CAUGAAAGCGAUUUUGCUAGUUGGCAUACUCCUGGCCUGCAUUAUUGUACUAUUGAAGCUGAGUCUAAGUGGUAUAAAAUUGGAUAUACAAAACACAACCAGCUCAACCCACGAUGUAGUCUUCCAGAAGGAUGCUUAUACUAUUAAACAAUGGUUCAAAGACACAUGGAAGCACAGGCCAAAGGAUAUUCAUUUAAAUAUCAUUACCGAUCCAGAGGAGGACUAUACAAAGGAUAGACUCAAAAAAUUGCUAGUUAUUCUCAAGCGAAAACCAAUACAGGAUAACCAAAUAUCAUCUUCCACUCAUCCUUUGAAAACUCACAAUGUCAAGAUCCCAACAAAUCCAACCGGUGAGGAGCAAACUACAAUAAUCGAUUGUAAUUACAUUUUGGACGAGGAUUGUGGACCAAUUGAUUUUGGACCAAGGCUUAGUGCAAAUUUGCUAAAGAUACUUGCACGAUAAUGACUGAUCUA